GCGAGCGUCAGCAGCAGCCGCGUGCAUGUCCGCGAGAAGCCGGGCGGCCAGGUUCCAGAGAGGGGGGUCAGCGUCCGAGGGCGAAGAUGAGCAGCGCUGGAAAGAGGAGAACGGCGGUGUGGAUGCACAUUACAUGAAGAGCGGGAAACCCGAGCGAGACGCGGCGCGAGGCUACCGGUACAACAUGAAGACCAUAGACACCUUCCCAGGCCGAAGAAUGACCCUGCAGCGAGAGAAAGGUCGCAGGCAGGCUAUCCGUGGACCUGCGUUCAUGUUCAAUGCACGCGGGAGCAGUCUGACAGCCGAGGAGGAACGCUUUCUGGAUGCUGCGGAGUAUGGCAACAUUCCGGUGGUACGCAAGAUGCUGGAGGAGUCGCUCACGCUCAACGUGAAUUGUGUGGACUAUAUGGGCCAGAAUGGCCUGCAGCUCGCAGUGGGGAACGAGCACCUGGAGGUGACGGAGCUGCUCCUGCGGCGAGAAAACCUGGCGCGAGUGGGCGACGCCCUCCUUCUGGCCAUCUCCAAGGGCUACGUGCGCAUUGUAGAGGCCCUGCUGGGCCACCCGUCGCUGGCCGGUGGAGAGCGCCUCACUCGCAGCCCCUGUGAGCUGCAGGACGACGACUUCUACUCGUACGACGAGGACGGCACGCGCUUCUCGCCCGACAUCACGCCUAUCAUCCUUGCCGCCCACUGCCAGAAAUACGAGGUGGUGCACAUGCUGCUGAUGAAGGGUGCGCGCAUCGAGCGGCCGCACGACUACUUCUGCAAGUGCGCCGACUGCACGGAAAAACAGAGGAAAGACUCCUUCAGCCACUCCCGCUCCAGGAUCAACGCUUACCGUGGCCUGGCCAGCCCCGCUUACCUCUCGCUCUCCAGUGAAGACCCUGUCCUCACUGCCCUGGAGCUCAGCAAUGAACUGGCCAAGCUAGCCAACAUUGAGAAGGAGUUUAAGGAUAAAAAGAGGCAUAAAAAAGACACCAUGCAGCACAAUUGCGUCUCUAUGAAUGAUUACAGGAAGUUGUCCAUGCAGUGUAAGGAUUUUGUAGUAGGCGUGUUGGACCUAUGUAGAGACACAGAGGAGGUGGAGGCCAUUCUGAAUGGAGAUAUAUCAGCCGAGCUGGAGGAAGGCCAGCAUCACCGCUCCCUGCUCAGCAGAGUCAAGCUGGCCAUCAAAUAUGAAGUUAAGAAGUUCGUGGCUCAUCCUAACUGCCAGCAGCAGCUGCUGACGAUCUGGUAUGAGAACCUGUCAGGCCUGCGGGAGCAGCCCAUCGCUGUGAAGUGCCUGGUGGUGCUGGUGGUAGCUCUGGGACUCCCCCUCCUAGCUGUGGGCUAUUGGUUUGCUCCAUGCAGUAAGCUGGGGAAAGUGCUGCGGAGUCCCUUUAUGAAGUUUGUGGCUCACGCUGCAUCCUUCAUCAUCUUCCUCUGUCUGCUCGUUUUCAACGCGUCUGACCGCUUUGAGGGAAUCACCACUCUGCCAAAUGUCACGGUAACUGACCACCCGCUCCAGAUCUUCAGGGUGAAGACCACUCGCUUCACAUGGACUGAGAUCCUUAUCAUGGUGUGGGUGGCAGGUAUGAUGUGGUCGGAGUGUAAAGAGCUCUGGACAGAAGGGCCCAGGGAGUACAUCCUGCAAUUGUGGAACGUUCUGGAUUUUGGCAUGCUGUCCAUCUUCAUUGCAGCAUUCACUGCCCGCUUCUUAGCCUUCCUGCAGGCCAUGAAGGCCCAAGAGUACGUGGAUGAGAAGAUCCACGCCGCUGACCUGUCUCUGGUCACGUUGCCGCCCGAUAUCAAGUACUUCACGUACGCGAGGGAUAAGUGGCUUCCCUCAGACCCUCAGCUCAUCUCAGAGGGGCUAUACGCCAUUGCUGUGGUCCUGAGCUUCUCCCGGAUCGCCUAUAUCCUCCCGGCCAACGAAAGCUUCGGCCCGCUACAGAUUUCCCUGGGGCGAACCGUUAAAGACAUCUUCAAGUUCAUGGUGCUGUUCAUCAUGGUCUUCCUCGCCUUCAUGAUUGGCAUGUUCAUCCUCUAUUCCUACUAUCUGGGUGCCAAGGUUAACCCCGCCUUCACCACAGUCGAGGAGAGUUUUAAAACUCUGUUUUGGUCCAUAUUUGGCCUGUCUGAAGUUUCCUCCGUGGUGCUAAAGUAUGACCACAAGUUUAUUGAGAACAUCGGCUAUGUUCUGUACGGGAUAUAUAACGUUACCAUGGUCGUGGUUCUGCUCAACAUGCUCAUCGCCAUGAUCAACAGCUCCUACCAGGAGAUAGAGGAUGAUGCAGAUGUGGAGUGGAAGUUUGCCAGGUCUAAACUCUGGCUGUCAUAUUUUGAUAACGGUAAAACUCUGCCGCCGCCCUUCAGCAUCGUGCCCAGCCCCAAGUCCUUCGUCCACUGCAUCAGCAAACUCAUCAGUCUGCUGCGCUGCCGCCGCCGCCGCCUCAACAAAGACGUGGAGCUCGGCAUGGACAGCUCCAAAUCAAGACUGAACCUCUUCUCACAGUCCAACAUGCGCAUGACUGAGUCUCACAGCUUCAGCAGCAUCCUCAACCAGCCCACACGCUAUCAGCAAAUUAUGAAGCGGCUCAUUAAGCGCUACGUCCUGAAAGCACAAGUGGACAAAGAGAACGACGAAGUCAAUGAAGGUGAGCUGAAAGAGAUAAAGCAGGAUAUCUCCAGCUUGCGCUACGAGCUGCUAGAGGAGAAGUCCCAGGCCACAGAGGAGCUUUCUGUGCUCAUCCAGAAGCUCAGUGAAAAAGUCAACCUGGCUCCCGUCCACACACCAUAACAGAGUCUGGCACAAAAACACAGAGUGGCCCUUCAGCGUUAGUCUGGACCAGCAAUUCCAUGUCAUUUCAUUCUCCUCUGGAUGGUCAGGAUGAUGAAGCUCUUCUGUAUCUGAACUCCAGCUGUUCUCUGUGAGUCACUUUGACUGGGCAUUUAAUCUAAGUUCCACCUUCGCUUCACUGAUGACAUGCAAACCUGAAAAGUCAGUCCAGGCCCUUUCCACGUGUUUUAAAUGGAAUGCAAAUGUCUUAUUAAUACUGCCUCAGCAAGUCAAUAGGAACAGUCAUCAUGACACUGCACAAUUUUUCUCCAUCAUGCACUGAUGCCGCUUUUUUUCAUUGAUCACUUCAACCAGAGCAUGACAUAUGAAUUGCUGUUGUUUAAUUUGGUAUUAUGGGUCAUCUAUUGUCCUCUAAGAACAUUGCCUAAACCUUCCAAGAGCUUUUGUCCUGUGGCAGUUUCUCUGUACAAAGAGGUCAACCAGUUUACUUUUGAUAAAUAUGUGCUGGGCCAUUAAGAAGAGUCAACAGCAUAGCUCAGAGCAUAGCUUAACCUAUUUAACCCUAGGCUUAUUAUUCAGUUAUUUCCUUUAGACUUAUAAUCCUAUAAUGACAGCUUGUUUCAGUAACAACUAUGAACCCAGCUACCAAGACGACAUCCUGGGCACAAGCUCAGAAUGACUUUAACAGAUGGAAAUCUGCUAAAUUUCCUUCGGAUCAAUAAAGUAUUUAUCUAUCUACCUAUCUAAGUUGUUAUUUUGUAGGCUCCCACAGAUGGUUUAAAGGACAUCUCUUCUAAAAGGAUUUUAAAAAGAUCUCCCCAUCCUUUUAGCUCCAGAAGGAUUUAUGAAAUAACUCAAAUUUAGAAAGAGGAGCUUCAGGCCUGCUCCUUCUAAAUUUUAGUCAUUUAAUAAAUCCUUUUCCAUAACUUCCAAUCUAGCAUCCAAUCUAGCAUCUAGCAUCCAUAACUUCCAAUCUAGCAUCCAUCUCUACUGUCCAUUUCCUAUGACAAUUGAAUCUACUCCCUGUUGGUCAGUCUUUCAUAUCAGUUCUACCACUUUUCAUUAAGGGGGUUGGGGAAUGGGGGACUUCUAGCUUAAAGCAGAAGUUGCCCAGAACUUGUGCCUAGGUUCUUAGAGAUCUCUCCUCUCCUACAGUCAGGCAGUCUCACCUCAUAACACCACCAUACAUGGUACAAACAGGACAUCUAAAACCUACACACUAAUUCUUUUAAACUCAUUCUUCAUAAACGGAUGGAUGUCCAAUGAAUAUUGUUCUCUGAAUAGUGUAAAUGUAAUUUCAAAACAAGUAGCGGACUCGUUUGUACAAGUUUGCAGUAACGUAUUGCACAUAAUGUUAUUCAGAAGACGAAACUAGAACAUCUGCUGGUGUUAGGAGGAUGGCCCUUGUUAGUUCGGGCACUAAUAGGCAAGUUAUGUAGUAAUCAAAGUGGGAAGCUGAAGCAGUGGCCCCCAUACUGGUUAAACCCUGUGAGAUGAAUCAGACUGUUCAGACUAAUAUGAGACAAAUAUGAGAAUAUUCUGAAUUUUUUCCUUAGUUUUCCUGAACUAAUCAGUGACACAGCAAAUGUGAGUAGUGAGAACAUUCUGGCAUUAACUGUGCCAUAAAUUAAAUCUCUGGCAAUAUCUGUAUGGAGUCUUGUCAAACUCCAAGAUAGCAGCACAAACAUGCUGAACCUGAUUAGGGCUGCCACGGUAGACUAAACUGCCAAUUGAUGAAUCUGCUGAUUAUUUUGAAUCAUUUGAGUUAUUAGCAAUUAGAGUAAUUAGUAAUCUUUUUAAAAUAUUCAAAAAGAGUGAAUAUUUACAAAAAACAAUGUUUAUCCGUUUGAUCAUUAAAUAUCUUGUCUUUGUAGUGUACUCAAUUGAAUAUAGGUUGAAAAGGAUUUGCAAAUCAUCGUAUUCUGUUUUUAUUUAUGUUUUACACAACGUCCCAACUUCAUUGGAACUGGGGUUGUAAAUAUCUGCCCAAAGCCGAUAUUUCUAAAAUAAUGAUCUGCUUAUGCUGAUUUGAUCAUACAUCCCCACCUAAAGCUGCUGCACAGUGUCUGUGUGGCUAACAUGAGGAGCUGCAGGCAAGUCAGUCAGUAGUGAGAGUCACAUGGAGUCAGUCCCCUUAGAGCAGGGAAACCAUAUCCAGCUACUGCGCUUUGGCCUGGAAGUAGUUUGUGCUGUACAUAGACUGGAUGUGAAGUGAGGCCUGAUUUCAUGCAUAUACAUUACAGAAUGAUUCUGUGUGGUAGGUAAAGAAUCUAAUAUAUGGGUCUGGCAUGUCUGCUUAUAUAUCUAUUUAUAAUCAUUUAUAUAAGAAUUUAUUUUUAAUGUUGCAUAUUGUCCUGUUAUACACAGCUGUCACCAUGUGUGGCAGCAAAGAGUUAUUUUACAUCCAGGAUGGAUGGAUAUGGGUACAUAAAAACAAUAGUAUACCAUUGUUUUCAACCAAAUAAGAUAAAGCAGGGAUAUUCUCUGAACUGUGUGUAAUGGACAAAUGAAGAUUAUGUCCAUCUGCCAGGAAAUGUUCUGUGUAGUCAUUUGUUUUUGUUUUAGUCUAGAAAUUGAUUCGAGUUCAAAUGUUAGAAUGGAUGAUUGAAUAUAUGGAUAUAUUAAUAUAUGGGUUAUUGGAGAGCUUUUAAUGCCAAUCUAUGCAGGAUAGAUGUGUCUUUUUAAUCAUCAGUGUGCUGAUCAGCUACACAUACAAGGAUAUAUAUAUAUAUAUAUAUAUAUAUAUAUAUAUAUAUACAUUAUGUUUGUGUUGCUGUUGUCAGAACAAAACCUUGUUUUGUCGUUUUUUGUUUUUGGUGUAAUUUGAAAAUACCUUUACGUUGUGUAUUUCAUGAAUAGUGGACUAAAAGAAAUUACCCAAAAUUACUUGGAAAAACGUUUGGUUCCACAGACUUAAAUAAAAAGUAAAGUAGGUUUUUACCAUUUUGGAGAUAUGAGGUUUUGUUCUGACAACAGUGAUUUCA